AUGAAUGGUUCAAUUUCUAUGCAAUCCGAAUUUGAUGAGAUCUGCGCUAAAAUCGAACAAAAGUUGGAGGGAAAAGAUUCAGGCAUUGUAGAAAUCAAUUUUCCUACUGGAGAACUUAGCAACCUUAAAUUAUGUGAAAAUAUUCACAAUGCCUUCAACACUGAAAUAAUUGGAGAUAAUCUAUUCAUCAAAUGUGAUGGUGGAGAAAAGGAGAAAAUUCAUACAAGACUCGAAAAUUCGUUCGAAAACCAAAAUCAAGAUUGGUGGGCAAGUAGCAACACUAUAUGUGUAGUCAGAGGCAACCAGUACAGACCUGAUGUAGGUGUGUGGUUUCGAUCCCCAACUCGUCCACAAAGAAGGAUGCCGAUUACUUAUGCAUGUCCACCUCCAAAUGUUUGGAUUGAGGUAUUCUACAACAAUGACAACGAUCAUAGUCUUUCUUCUGGACUAAGCCCUUUUCGCCCUAAACCUGAAACUGAAAUGAUGGUUCAUGCAACUAUUCAACCUACACGACCUACCAGAGCACCAUAUGCAUGUCAUUGGGAUUUAAAUAAUAAUGAGAUAUGGUACAAAAUGGAUUGGAACCAAUUUAUUACCCUUAGAUGUGGUCUAACGAUAAGCUUUGACACUGUGCUUGAAGAGUUAUAG